UGGCGCAUUCACGGAUCCGAGAAGUUACGUGGAUUUCAGUCAACGUUUGACGAGUUGGGGGGAGCGCGGUGUCAUAGGCUUCCUCGCUCAUCUCAAUUCGCGCGACUCGGCGAACCUCCUGCACCAAAGCAUCUCGACCGAGUCACGUCAGCAAAUGAUCUUCCGGCAAUUUGCUGGUGCAUUCCCGAUGCCCGUGUUCUUCGAGGCGGGCAUCCCACAAGCUUGGGCCUGGACACUCCUCGCGCCGUGGAUCCAGUCCUGCCCCAACAAGAGUACCCCCGAGUUCCAGCGGAUCAUGUGGACGAAUUUCCCCAAGUUGACGAUAGUGGAUGAGCCGAAGCUGCAGUUCAAUGGAUCGAUGGCGGCCGUUUCGACCAAUCGCACUGCCUUGACGCAUCCAGGCCAGCAGAUCCACUUUACAUGGGAGAACCCAGGCCUGCUCGUUGGCCCUGACAAUGCCUAUACGACACAGAUCCAUACCAACGGCACUGCAAAAUACGCGCUUUGGGUCUCUCAAUUGAACGCCACCUACACACCUCUAACGAGCACCGGGAACAACACAGGCUUCACUGUCCUUCCUUCGCCAGCCGCCGAUGUCUACAACACAUCUAUCACGACAGGCGAUCCCAUCUUGAAUGGAACCAACUUCGUCGCGUUGACGAGCGAUAACCCAUUCGUCAGUAGCUUCAACUUGUCCAUGAUCAACGACUUUGUCGUUGCGGGCCCAGCUGUAUUCCAGUUCUCGUGAACUUUGGAGAGCGUCUGUCAUCGUGGCAUGUAUAAUCAUAUACGUACAGUAUACACCUGUAAUUUUGUAAAUCGGCUCCGCAUUCCGACAACUGUGGUCUGCCAAUGGGACCGAAAGUAACUCAUAUAGCCAUCUACACAUGCACGUUGGAACGUAGAGAGCUGUGUCCUGCGCAAUCCCGGCACCGAUUCCAUCGCAGCCGCCACCUAUUCAAAAGCUGGAGAGCUGCGGGAUAGGACCAAUGAGAACCUCACCAUGAUCCUCGAGCAGCCGCUGGUUUCCAAGUCGGGAAGGGUUAUGCUUGUUCAAAGCUCAGAGGCAGACGACGAAGCCGUUCUGCAGCUGCGAUUGGACCCUUCCAUCCAGCGUUUCCUCCGCUUCCAUCCGACCACACUCACGAUCGAGCAAGUGCGUGAAAGCCGCCUGGCAUCUCUGCAGGACCCGAGCCGCAUAAUGCUCUCAGUGUACCUCGUCAAUCGCGAGAGUCCUGCGAGCAACCCGAGCCCCCCAACAUUCGCGGGGGAGAUGAACGUCCGCCAUAUCGAGACCUACCGCGGGCGUUCAUGCGAGAUAGGCCUGGCCCUGCUCCCGCAGUUCCUGCGACAAGACACCGGCACGGACGCCGUCUGGACGCUCUUCGAGUACGUCUUCG